UUCCUGUUUGUGAACGGCUCUAUGUAUGUGUGAAGCGCAGACGUCUUUGAGCUCAGCAGAGAGCUACAGCCCAAUCCACCAGCAGCUGAUUUCACUCUUGUUUGACUGCAAUGCGCCGCCAUGCCCAGGAUGUGGGUUCGUCUGUUAAACUGUGAUGUGUGCGGUGAAUGAAUGGCAGAAGAACUGAGCUGGAGACGCUUUGCCUUGGACUCUUUGGACUCUUUAGACAAGUGCAGAGGGUAUGGAUGCCGGACAAUAAACUGCAGAAGCUGAGUGGUGAAGAUGCAGCACACCUCGUGUACAGAGGACAGGAUCCAGCAUGCUCUGGACAGGUGUCUGGACGGGCUGAGACAGAGCCCCACAGCGGCACACCACUGGAACGUGCUGAUGUGCUCAGCGGGUCAGUCAAUGAACCGUUGGAGCCUGGAGGAGUUGGUGAAGAGAGACCCCGAGAACUUCCUCAUCCUCUUACAGCAGAUCAUCACAAAGACCAAAGAGGUUCAGGAGCAGUGUCAGUAUGAGCUGGUGGCUCCUCUCGCUAUCAUGUUCUUCUCCACCCUGCUUCAGACACCGUACUGCUCUCCAGACACGGAGCUGCUGGAGGAAGCUGCGGAGGUGUUCCGCUGCUUCCUCACCUGGCCUGAGCCUUACUGCAGUGUGUGCAAAAACCUCCUCUCCACACUACAGCUGGAGAUCAAGGCCCCAGGGAUUUCCUUUCAGAGACUUGUGAGAGAAGAGCAAGGCCUUAACACCUCCAGCCACUGCUCCAAGACCAUGACUGUGCUGCUGAUGAAGCCGGGCGAGGUGCCGGCGGACUUUCUCUCAGUGGCUGAGCAGCUCAGUCGCAUUCAGCACUCACAGAAAGAGACCUAUAUCACCCUGAUCAAGCACGCCUUCCAGUCCACACUAGGCACCAAGUACCCUCUACAUAGUAUCCACACAGCCCUGCAGGGAAAAAGUGUGAAUGAACUGGGUGAGAUCUUCUCCACUGUAAGUGAUGUCUUAGAGGCGGCCGCUGCCAUAAGCGACCCUCUGAAGGGACGCAGUCAUGUGAUCCAGGGACUGGAGGGACUGAGGGAGAGGAUGAGAAUCCCGGCAUCCAAUGGAAGGAAGUCUGAUGGAAUGCUACAGACGCUACCACUGCCAACAGCCAAGUGUUACAUGUUUCACUGGGAAAAAGAUAACUUUGACGUGCUGAACACCCUUUUGGAGCAUGACCCUGACGAUCUCACCAUUAAUGGGCAGGCUGAGGAAGAGGAGGAGGUAGACAUUGAUGACGAUGAUGAUGAUGAGGAGGAGGAUGUGACAGGGAUGGAUGUCGAAGAAGGGGAGGAGGAAGAAGACAAAGAAGAGGAGGGGCAUGGAGUAGGAUCCCCUGCCAUGUCUAUCACACCUAACAGCUACAGCAUCAAGCACCGUGACUCCACCUUCUCAACCAUCUCCUCCUUGUCCACCGCCUCCAAAGACUCAAUGUUCUCCACCUUGUCUGUCACCUCGGAGUCCUACGCCUCGUCGCUCUUCUCUGUCACUUCUGGAGCCGACAGUGACUACUUUGAUGAUUCUGACGAAUAUAACUGCUCCUCUCCCGUUGCGGAAAAAUGUUCGCCAAAGUCUACCAAAGCUUCGGUUCGGCUCAGCCAGCACUUUUACAGGCUCUUCAUCAAACCCAAGAGCCCGCUGUACCGGGCGAAAAGCUUAGGGAACACAGAAUCAAAAGACCUUUUAGUGGUGCGAGAGAAGCGCUCCAACUCUCUACCCCAGCAAGUCAAGUUACGUAGUCCUGAGCCCCUACUCCAGCCACAAAGUCAAACUCUUAGACAUGUCUGCUUCAGAAGGAGGCCUAUUCUCAGCAGUGAUGAGGACAGUAAGAAUACUACACUGAGGGUGGUUGUGUUUGGUGCUGAUCAUGUAGCAGGGAAGGUGGCCCGAGCCUACAAUAGUCUGAGGAGGAAGGAGAGUGCGUGUCCACGUCUCAGCAGGGCCUUCAAGCUUCAGUUCUACUUUGUACCCGUGAAGAGGGACUCAGCUAGAGGAGUGGGGAGUCUGAGGUCCCCUUGUCCUGUGGUCCAAACUGGAAAAGGAGCAGCCCUGUCUAACGGUCUUCACCUCACGAGCACAGGGGACAGUACUAAUGACAUUGCCCAUCUCCUUGGUAUGUUGGACCCUUGGUACGAAAGAAACACCCUUAGCCUGCUCAAGUUGCCCGCCAACGUGGUCUGCCAGCAAACCUCAAAGACAGAGUCAGAGUCCUAUGAUAGUUCAUAUGAGCAGCGUCUUCCCAUCCUGGCCGACUUGGUCCUGUACUACUGCCGCUAUGCUGCCCGGCCGGCUUUGAUCCAGCUCUAUCAGGCUGAGUUGACGUUAGCUUGUGGGCAGAGGAGGACCGAGGUGUUCGUCCACUCCCUAGAGUUGGGUCACACCGCAGGAACACGAGCCAUCAAGGCCAUGGGUGCUGCCAGUAAACGGUUUGGUAUUGACGGCGACCGAGAAGCGGUGCCUCUGAUGUUGGAUGUGGUAUACAACAGGGUGGUCAUUAGUGGCAGAAGUCAGUGGAAAAGAGAAACAAAAGUCUGUACUUCAGUAAAUUUGACCAAAGCGUGCAAGAACCCUGAGGAACUAGACUCAAAGAUGGAGUGCCUGCAGCUAACAAUGACUGAGGUUCUGAAGAGACAGAAUGGCAAGAGCAAGAAGGGCUAUAACCAGCAGCUGAAUGUGACAGAGGUGAAGGUGGACAAAGUCCAGGUCAGCGGUGCUGAAAACACAACUUUUGCUGUGUGUCUGGACCAGGAUGAGAAGAAGAUACUACAGACUGUCACAAGGUGUGAAAUAUCAGUGUGCUAUAAACCUGACAGCUCCAGUGACUGGAGACUAAGAAAAUCUCGGACCUCAGCUCAAAUCCAGCCUCUCCACCCCACUUUCUGCUCCCUCCUCUGCCUGCCCAUAGUCACUUUCAGUGGGGCGCUUCCCUGAGGCUGCUGACCAUUGGUUUGGGAGGACUGAAAGGAAAGGACACUGAUUGCAGAGGAGAAGAGCACAGGAUGUACUGUAUUUAUCAUUUAUUCCUGGUGUCUUUAAGCCGUUGUGGUCAAGUUCACAUGGUGGUGGCCUCAAACGGCAAUGGGACACAACUGUUGGAAGCACGUGAACAGAUAGGGGUCAUCAGGAAACUGCAGACCUGGUUCGCCUCUUGAUACAAGCACAUACCAAAUAACCCAAGAAAGAAGUUUUCCUCUAUCAAGCAAUAAUUGACUAUUGGUAGGGAAACUGUUCAAGUUUCCUUCUUCAGGUUUCAGUUCCUUGUUUCGUUUUGGCAGAGAAGUGACCUUAACCACAGUAACAUCUUAUCAAACAGGGUGAAUCUACAGAGUCUCAGCUGGGACGACAUCCAAACUGGCAAGAGAAAUAUGUUGUAGUAAGCCUGGGUCGUACUGGGCGAUGGAAUGUAAAAAAGAGAUCAUCUUGGAGUCAAACUUUAAGAACUUUUCUCUGGAUCAACCUACAUGGACAUAGAGGGCUAUGGGACAUUUUGACACCUGCUGACAAGACUGUACUACUUAGAGUAGAGCUAUUAUUAGUGGCAAUUAUUGGACUAUGUGACUAUAUCUGAGAAUGGACACUAUGAAUUUAGACAACAUGUAAAUAUUGUGUCUUUAAAAUAUUGUAUUGCAUAGUAUAACAUGAAUGUCACACGAUAUUUGUUUAUGUCUGUUCUACAUGGGCUUUUAGUCGUAGCAUUUCUCCUAAGGAGUUACUUUGACACCACUGUUUUAACUGGAGUUAUAAGUAUGACCAGCAGGGGGCUCUGUUGACUUUUCACUUUACUUCAGCUGAAGUACAGCUUCAUCUAGAAUAGGUGACACUUGGAGUAAAGUCUAACUUUGUAAUAUCUGUAAAGUAGUUUAUGUAUAAAUAAUAUUUUAAUGAUAAUAUUCAUUUCAUCAAGAGCACAGAUGGAAAAUAUGAAUUUCAUAAUAUGGUGCUUAGAAAUAUAUUCAAAUGUACACUUUUCUCUGUAAAAAUAAUCAAUUUGCAUAUUGAAACUAUGACAUUUUUUUUAAUCUAACUGUUUUCAUGCUGUAAUGGGAUCAUGCCUUGAUUCACCUGACUGAGAGUGAAAUAGUAGCACUGCAAAGACAUUUCUUUUAUGGAUCAAGGCACUUGAACAUUAGAUUAAACAAAUUAGGUACUUUUAUGUUCAGAUUAAUGCCUGGCACCACUGCCCUCUACUCUUCUUACACAUCUUUUCUGAAAUGUUAUAAAUGCAAUACUAGUUUUUAUAAUUGUAUGUGCAUUAUCCAUGCAAUAGAAACAUUUCAAAUUCAGUGAUCAAUAAAAUAUGUCUUCAA